GCUCAGUGCGGCUGGAGAAUCGUGGGGCAAACAACCUCUUGGAGAGCCGGGAGGAGGCUGUGGAGACCCCCGGGAAAGGCCCUGGUGACCUGGGGCUGAGGACCCGGGAGCAUGGGGCUGGAGGGACUGGAGACAGCUGGCCGGCCACCCGUGAUCCUGCUGCCCACACCCAACGCAAGUGCACGGGGCGAGGAGUUUGAAGGCCCCUGGCCAGAGAUCCCAGCCAGGUCACCGUGUGUGGCUGGGGUCAUCCCUGUCAUCUACUACAGCGUCCUGCUGAGCCUGGGGCUGCCUGUCAACCUGGUGACCACUGUGGCCCUGGCCCGCCUUGCCGCCAGGACCAGGAAGCCCUCCUACCAGUACCUUCUGGCGCUCACAGCCUCGGACAUCGUCACCCAGGUGGUCAUCGUGUUCGUGGGCUUCCUCCUGCAGGGCGCCGUGCUGGCCCGCCAGGUCCCCCGGGCCGUGGUGCGCACGGCCAACGUCCUGGAGUUUGCUGCCAACCACGCCUCAGUGUGGGUCGCCGUCCUGCUCACGGUGGACCGCUACAAAGCCCUGUGCCACCCCCUGCACCACCGGGCCACCUCGUCCCCCGGCCAGACCCGCCGGGCCAUUGCUGUCAUGCUCAGCGCGGCGCUGCUGACCGGUGUCCCCUUCUACUGGUGGCCGGAUGUGUGGAGGGACGCGGACCCGCCCAGUGCGCUGGACGAGGCCCUCAAGUGGGCGCACUGCCUCCUCGUCUACUUCGGCCCCCUCGGCAUCUUCCUGGCGGCCAACUCAGCCAUCAUCUUCCGGCUCCGAAAGAGGGGCCGGAGCGGGCUGCGGCCUGCGGUGGGCAAGAGCACGGCCAUCCUCCUGGGCGUCACCUCGCUCUUCACCCUCCUCUGGGCCCCGCGGGUCGUUGUCAUCCUCUACCACCUGUACGUGGCCCCCGUGCACCGGGACUGGAGGGUGCACCUGGCCUUGGACGUGGCCAACAUGGUGGCCAUGCUCAACACAGUGAGCACGGCCAUCCUCCUGGGCGUCACCUCGCUCUUCACCCUCCUCUGGGCCCCGCGGGUCGUUGUCAUCCUCUACCACCUGUACGUGGCCCCCGUGCACCGGGACUGGAGGGUGCACCUGGCCUUGGACGUGGCCAACAUGGUGGCCAUGCUCAACACAGUGACACCUGGGGGCCAUGACCUGACUGAGUUGACGUCAUCCCUGCGUUACAUCCAGAAGGGCCACUCCUGA